AUGGGGCCACAGAACUCGUCAUUGAGCCGCUAAAGCCUAAAGGUUAAUAGGUUUACAUAGCAAAUAGCUCAUUGGCGUUUUUACAGUAUACACAUAUGGUAAAUGCGUAUCCUGUUUUUAACCAAAUGUUUUAAACGACAUAUUAAAAACAUUAUCUAUGGCGAAGCAUCACCCAGAUUUAAUAUUUUGUCGGAGACAACCAGGAGUCGCUAUUGGCCGGCUGGCUGAGAAGUGUGACGGAAAAUGCGUCAUCUGCGAUUCGUUAGUAAGACCCUGUACUUUAGUACGAAUCUGUGAUGAAUGUAACUAUGGGUCCUACCAAGGACGGUGUGUGAUCUGUGGAGGACCAGGUGUCAGCAAUGCAUAUUAUUGUAAAGAAUGCACGAUUCAGGAAAAAGAUAAAGAUGGAUGCCCAAAGACUGUUAAUUUGGGGAGUGCUAAAACAGAUUUGUUUUAUGAACGAAAAAAGUAUGGUUUUAAAAAGAGGUAA